CUGAACGGGUGGACCGUCACCGACACGGUGACGGAAGUGUGAGAAUACUUCCGUAUAUGUAUAUAUUUGAUAAUUUUUUAAAAUUAAUGAAAAACGGAUACCGAACCGAUGAAUACAUAAUUGCAACAAAAAAUUCCAACUGUUGCAUAAAUUGCAACAGUUUAAAUAUAGAUUGCUCGUUUUUCGUUCAUUUGAAAUGGACGAUGAGAAAUUAAUCGAAUACAUUCGCGAAUAUGAAGAACUUUACGAUUUAUCCCAUUCGCAAUAUUUAAAUGGGAAUAUAAAAAAUAAAAAAUGGGCCGAGAUAUCUAAUAAACUGAAACAACCAGUUGCCGCAUGUAAAUCUCGUUGGAAUAAUAUCCGGGAUAAUUUCCGAAAGUCAUUGAAAAAGCGAGGGGCCAAAAGCGGACAGGCGGGAGCAACAAAUAAGAGAUACAAAUACGAAAGUCAAUUGAGUUUUUUAGUGCCUUUUAUAAAAGAAAGAGAGACUUCGAGUAGUCUGAGCAACGUAGAGAGAACUACGGGCGAUGAAAAUGAUAAUUCCGAUAACGACGAAAACGACGACAUAGAAGAAGAUGAUCUGGACCAGGCGAUAAUAUCGAAAUCGGAGAUCGUGGAAACAAUAGACGAUAUGGAACAUGCAAACGAAAAUAUCGACUCUGACGUUAAAUCUUCAAAACUGACGUCGUCGUUGCAGUUUAAAAGAAAGAGGGCAAGGGGCACGAAAUCAAUAUUCAAGAAUCCAUCGGCAACGGUAUCGGCGACAUUGUUAAGAUACGUGCUUGAACAAAAGGAGAAAACGAAUCGACAACCAGUUCACCCAGUGGAUGCAUUUCUUGCAGGGAUUGCGCCAACAUUGAAAGCACUUAGUCCUUAUCACUUGAAUAUUGCCAAAUCGAAAAUAUUUAACACACUGCAAGAAAUAGAAUUGGAGCAAAUUAUGCACAUGUAACACAGAUCUGUUAUUCCAACAGAAGCAACACCAUCGCCAUCGCCUUGCCUAUUGUCUAGUUACUAGACAUCUCCACUAUCCAUUUCAACACCGAUCAUUUCUCCAAAAAUAAUAAACUCAACGAUUACAUGGCCUUCCAGAUACAUUAACUUUUAAGUAUUGCUCGAGUGCAUCAUUAUUGCAAUAUCCUCUUUCAAGAUGAAGAUAGCAAAUAAUUAUGUACGUUAAUAUAAACGUAAG